AUGUUCGAUUUCCUUAUUUCUCAUGGAGCAAAUAUUUAUGUUCAAGAUAAAGAUGAGGAUUCUCCAUAUGAUAUUGCAUCUAAUUCUGGUAAAACAGAAAUAAUAAAUUAUAUCAAAUCGAAGGACUUCGAUAUCAAUCAUUUAGAUAAGUUUUAUAACGCGGUGAAUGACAGUUCUAUUCAAUCUCCAUUACGGGCCGCUGUGAUUCAUAAUCAUAUUGAUGUUGCACAAUUAUUACUCUCUUCUGGAGCUGAUAUAAAUUAUGUAGAUCGGUAUGGUUAUACACCACUUUAUUAUGCAGUUCGACUUAAUCAUACUGCAAUGGCUCAAUACCUAAUACUUAGAGGUGCCGAGAUAGAAUAG